AAAUGCGUGUUGCAGGGCUUAUUGUCUCCGGCCUGUGUGAGAGUCUAUGGUUUCAUAGAACUCCGUAUGCUGAGGUAUGAAAUAAGAUCUUUACGAACUGGUGUAUCGAUCGAACAUGCGGUGGACAUUGCUUGUUCACCACCUUUGUACUCUUUUCGCCAUCAUCUUCAUUCAGAUCGCUCUUCAGAUGGCCCUUGAUCCAGCAAUUGCAUCAGCGGGGCUAAUUUGGUUGUUUCAGGCAACAACGGAACAGUCAAUUUUUAUCGGACUCGUACUGUACCGUCUACGGUACGCAAAGGAAACUGUUCAAUCUGUGUUGAGAUUUGCUGCUAUACAAUCUUUCAUUUUCAAAUUUGGAUUCGCUAUUUAUCUGCUGGUGUGGUGGGCUGUCAAACUCGCCAAGUUUCACCAUCCCAUUGAUAUUGCACUGAACGUGGUGGUGGUGUUGAUCCUUUCGAGUCUCAUGGCUACUCAAGUGUUAGCUCCUGGUUUAAAAUGUUAUGAAGCUCUGCUGAUUCCAAACUUAAAAGGCAAGGAUCGUACGCAGUGUGGUGCAUCGCAAACAACAUGGGCGGAAGGUAGCCCCAGUUGGGACAUGCUUUCGACAAGAAUAAUGGCCCCAAAUGUAGUACAGCAGGUGCACCUAGAGUCUCAAGUUGCAAGGUUCUGACAUGAUCAUUGAGUGUCCACUGGGAGCGUUCAUGAGGGGGAAGAGUACUUAAUACAAGCAUUCUCAUGUUAUCUAGGAAGCUGUAUAAGGCAUGAACCAGCUCAUUAUCGUUGUUAUUCACAUGUGUAUUCCAUCAUCAACUCGAAUGUCAC